AUGAUCGGCCCCGCCAUCAACGCGUCCAACUUCUGCGUCAUUUGCCCGUGCAAGUCCCUUCGGCGUCACCUCAUGCCCUCCGACACGGCACGCUGCCAGGCCAAGAUAUUGGGCGACCUGAGAAUUGGCAGCGCUAACACUGUCGUCGGCGCCAGCAUUGGCGGCAUCCAGGCGCUCGAGUUCGUCGCCAAGUUCCCGAACCGCCUCAACCGCCUGGUGGGGCUCCCGUCGUCUGCUAUCCUCGCCGAUUCCAUCUACAAGGACGGCAGCUGCACCACCGGCGUGCCUCUUGACUCACUGCCCUCGAGGGUUGUGCGGGGAGUUCGGCACCUGCUAUCUUUCAAGGCGGCAAGAUUCAUGGCCGAGAGCUUCAUGGACUACCAGGCCGAUCAGAUUGCAUGCCUGUACGAUCUCAACUACUACAUGUACCUGCUGAUCACCAUGACCACGCUGGACCGUAACUCACUCAACUUGGCGGAGGGCACGCGCUGCAUCUCGUGCCACUCGCUGAUCAUCGCCAUCAUGCAGGACCUGCUAGCAGCGCAUCUUGUGGAAUCCAAGCUCGGCCGCAACGCCAUGUUGAACGGCCAGAUGCAGCGCGAUGUUGCUGCUCGCUAA